AUGGUCUUCGUCUUCGCAGCCGUCCUAGAGGAGCGUCCUUGUGUGAGCCUAGGCCCCUGCGUUUCCGGAGUGUAUCUUGGCUACUGUUGCUUCACAGAGCCUCCAUCCUCCUCCGUCGCAGGCAGGCUGAAACUGGAGGACCGCUCCGUGGUGCCCCGAGACGUAGUCCGACACAUGCGCUCCACCGACAGCCAGUGCGGCACAGUGAUAGACGUCAACAUCGACUGCGCAGUCAAGCUCAUCGGCACCAACUGCAUCAUCUACCCCGUCAACAGCAAGGACCUCCAGCACAUCUGGCCCUUCAUGUAUGGGGACUACAUUGCCUACGACUGCUGGCUGGGGAAGGUCUAUGACUUGAAGAACCAGAUCAUCCUCAAGCUGUCCAAUGGCGCCAGGUGCUCCAUGAACACAGAAGAUGGUGCCAAGCUAUACGAUGUCUGCCCACACGUCAGCGACUCAGGUCUCUUCUUUGAUGAUUCCUACGGCUUCUACCCGGGCCAGGUGCUCAUUGGCCCCGCCAAGAUCUUCUCCAGUGUCCAGUGGUUGUCAGGGGUCAAGCCUGUGCUCAGCACCAAGAGCAAGUUCCGAGUGGUGGUGGAGGAGGUGCAGGUUGUGGAGCUGAAAGUCACAUGGAUUACCAAGAGUUUCUGUCCAGGGGGCACAGACAGCGUCAGCCCCCCGCCCACUGUCAUCACUCAGGAAAAUCUAGGCAGGGUGAAGCGUCUCGGAUGCUUUGACCAUGCUCAGCGGCAGCUGGGGGAGCGCUGUCUGUAUGUCUUCCCAGCCAAGGUAGAGCCGGCCAGGAUUGCCUGGGAAUGUCCAGAAAAACACUGCGCCCAGGGGGAGGGCUCUAUGGCCAAGAAGGUGAAGCGCCUGUUGAAGAAGCAGGUUGUGAGGAUCAUGUCUUGCUCCCCGGAAACCCAGUGUCCCAGGGACCAUUCUAUGGAGGACCCAGACAAGAAAGGGGAAGCCAAGGCCAAGAGUGAAGCUGGCUCUGCUAGCCCAGAGGAGCCACCCGAUGGGUCUGCCAGCCCUGUGGAGAUGCAGGAUGAGGGCCCCGAGGAGCCCCACGAAGCUGGCCAGGCACUGACCCCUUUCCUGCUAAAGGAGGGUGGAGAUGAUGGGCUGCACUCAGCAGAGCAGGAUGCAGAUGAUGAGGCUGCCGAUGACACGGAUGACACCAGCUCUGUGACCUCUUCCGCCAGCUCCACCACCUCCUCCCAGAGCGGCAGCGGCACGAGUCGCAAAAAGAGCAUCCCUUUGUCCAUCAAGAACCUAAAGCGAAAACACAAGAGGAAGAAGAAUAAAAUCACUCGUGACUUCAAGCCAGGAGACAGGGUGGCAGUGGAGGUGGUGACCACAAUGACCUCGGCGGACGUGAUGUGGCAGGACGGCUCCGUGGAGUGCAACAUCCGCUCCAACGACCUCUUCCCCGUGCACCACCUGGACAACAACGAGUUCUGCCCUGGGGACUUCGUGGUGGACAAGCGAGUUCAGAGCUGCCCGGACCCCGCAGUCUAUGGUGUGGUGCAGUCUGGGGACCACAUUGGCCGCACCUGUAUGGUGAAGUGGUUCAAGCUGCGGCCAAGCGGGGACGACGUGGAGCUCAUUGGAGAAGAGGAAGACGUGAGCGUUUAUGACAUCGCUGACCACCCUGACUUUCGGUUCCGCACGACUGACAUUGUCAUUCGCAUUGGCAACACCGAGGAUGGGGCUCCACACAAAGAGGAUGAGCCGUCAGUGGGCCAGGUGGCUCGCGUGGAUGUCAGCAGCAAGGUGGAGGUGGUGUGGGCUGACAACUCGAAGACCAUCAUCCUGCCCCAGCACUUGUACAACAUCGAGUCCGAGAUUGAGGAGUCCGACUACGAUUCGGUGGAAGGGAGCACCAGCGGGGCAUCCUCGGACGAGUGGGAGGAUGACAGCGACAGCUGGGAGACGGACAAUGGGCUGGUGGAGGAUGAGCACCCCAAGAUAGAGGAGCCCCCUGUCCUGCCCACCGAGCAGCUGCCAGCUCCCGAGGAGGACAAGGGCGUGGUGAUCAGUGAAGAGGCUGCCACUGCUGCCAUCCAGGGGGCUGUGGCCAUGGCCGCCCCAAUGGCGGGGCUGAUGGAAAAGGCUGGCAAGGAUGGGCCCCCCAAGAGCUUCCGAGAGCUGAAGGAGGCCAUCAAGAUCCUGGAGAGCCUCAAGAACAUGACUGUGGAGCAGCUGCUGACGGGCUCCCCCACGUCCCCCACCGUGGAGCCUGAGAAGCCCACCAGAGAGAAGAAGUUUCUGGACGAUAUCAAGAAGCUGCAGGAGAACCUCAAGAAGACCCUGGACAACGUGGCCAUCGCAGAGGAGGAGAAGAUGGAGGCAGCGCCUGACACGGAGCGCAAGGAGGACAAGCUGGAGGGGCAGUCACCCGUGAAGGCUGAGUGGCCCAGCGAGACGCCUGUGCUCUGCCAGCAGUGCGGUGGCAAGCCCGGCGUCACCUUCACCAGCGCCAAAGGCGAGGUCUUCUCAGUGCUGGAGUUUGCACCCUCAAAUCACUCCUUUAAGAAAAUUGAGUUCCAGCCUCCAGAAGCCAAGAAGUUCUUCAGCACAGUGCGGAAGGAGAUGGCACUGCUGGCUACCUCACUGCCUGAUGGCAUCAUGGUCAAGACUUUCGAGGAUAGAAUGGACCUCUUCUCAGCUUUUAUCAAGGGCCCCACUCGAACCCCCUACGAGGACGGCCUCUACCUGUUUGACAUCCAGCUCCCCAACAUCUAUCCGGCCGUGCCCCCCCACUUUUGCUACCUCUCCCAGUGCAGUGGCCGCCUGAACCCCAACCUGUAUGACAAUGGGAAGGUGUGCGUCAGCCUCCUGGGCACCUGGAUCGGAAAAGGGACAGAGAGGUGGACGAGUAAAUCCAGCCUGCUCCAGGUGCUCAUCUCCAUCCAAGGUCUGAUCCUGGUGAAUGAGCCUUACUACAACGAAGCCGGCUUCGACAGUGACCGGGGCCUGCAGGAAGGCUAUGAGAACAGUCGCUGCUACAACGAGAUGGCCCUGAUCCGCGUGGUGCAGUCCAUGACCCAGCUGGUUCGGCGGCCCCCAGAGGUGUUUGAGCAGGAGAUCCGGCAGCACUUCAGCAUUGGCGGCUGGCGGCUGGUGAACCGUAUCGAAUCCUGGUUGGAAACCCAUGCCCUGCUGGAGCGGGCCCAGGCGCUGCCCAACGGGGUCACCAAGGACCGCAGCUCCCCAGAGCCGCCUGCUGUGGCCGAGCUCUCAGACUCCGGUCGAGAAGAACCUGAGGAUGGCGGAGUGGCCCCUGGAGAGGCCUCCCAAGGCUCAGACUCAGAGGGUGGUGCCCAGGGCCCAGCCUCAACUAGCAGGGACCGCACAGAUCAGACUUCAGAGAUGGUGCCAGACGCAUCUAUACCACCCAGCGUCAAACCAAAGAAGCGGAGAAAGAGCUACCGGAGCUUCUUGCCCGAGAAGAGCGGCUACCCUGACAUCGGCUUUCCCCUCUUCCCGCUCUCUAAGGGUUUUAUCAAGAGCAUCAGGGGUGUCCUGACCCAGUUCCGGGCCGCCCUGCUAGAGGCAGGCAUGCCGGAAAGCACAGAGGACAAGUAGCCACCAGCCCUCGAGGAAGGAGCGUCGCUGCGGGAGAGGCCAGCAGCUGCCUACUCACUCCCUCCCUGGACCCUCCCUUCUUCCCGGCCCCUGUCCCCAGUGCAAGCCUCCCACUGCCCUCUUCUCCCCAAGACAAGUUUGAUUCUGAAGUGCAA